ACAACAAAGGAAUCGCCGGCGAGAUUUCAGUCAAACCCAGUUUCGAUUCAUUUUAUCAACGUACACACGCUAAGACACAUCAUCUUAUUCUUCUGUACUACCAAUAAAUUUAUUUAAACUCACACCAGUAUCACUAAAAUAACAUCUUAUUUAUCAAUUAAUUAAUUCGUGCUAUGGAAGACACCGACACAAAGACAGUUUCAACUACGCAUCAAUCAGACAACGCACUGGCAUUUCGUGCGACAAUUAAAAGUAUCAUAGAAAACAUCAGCGAGUCUGUUAGUGAAGAAGAAUUCGCGCAAUGUCUCACGUACUUAAACUCAAAACCCCUGACAGUAAGAAAAUUACACAAAGCGAUGGUGAAAGAUUUAUACGAGAGCAUGGAUUACGACUUGGAGGAAAUAUUAGCCGAGGCAAACUUAGCUGAGGGACUUGGAAAAGUGAAGGAGUUGGUAGCAGAGACAUCACGAAGUCCAGAUGAAAUUGCAUGGAGACCUCCUGGAAAUGUAAUGGAACAUUUAAGAACUCCUGAUGCAAUGAAAAUCAAAGCAGAGCAGGAGAGACUGGAAAAGAUAUUGAGUAAUUUAGAAGCUGAAAAUACUUUACUGCUUGAACGAGUUGAAGAAAAAAGAAGUUUAGCUCAUAAAGUUGAAGACCGAGUGACUCGAGCAUUCAAGUCCGGUUCUCUUUCACUUUCACAUAUGGAAAAAACAUCCGAGUCCAUGCAAAAUUAUUUACAAAUGCUUGGAAACUAAUAAACUUAUUUUUAUUUUUAAAAUAUAGAUACUAGUCUUUAAUUGUAUCAUAAAUAUUUAAUUAAUUUAUUGUAUUCUAUCCAUUAGUGAGAUUUUUUUGUACAGUAUUACAAGAUUUUAAAUUACGAUAUUUGUUUCGUUA